AUGACUUUGUGGAGUGGGAAUGAACAAUUCUUAUGCAAGUUGUUUCAAUUGACAUUUGGGAAAAUAGCGUCGGAUUGGUUUCUCAAAUUACCGAAGGGAUGUGUGAAGAGCUGGGAAGGCCUGGUCGAGAUGUUUGUGGCUAGGUUUGUUACAAACAGAUUACAGCCACUAAGGGUAGGUUUCCUAUUGGCUUGGAAGAUAAACGAUGGCGAAGGCCUUAGGGUUUCUGCCAAGAGGUACUACGAGGUUUACAACUGGAUCCCAUCUUGUAACCAGAAACUUGCAAUCGUGUCUUUCAAGAACGGCUUAAAAGAUGAUUGCCCGCUUCGACAAUCCCUUAAAAAGACCCUUCCAAAGAACAUGGAGAAGCUCAUGGUAAGGAUUGAGAAGUACGCGAGGGCAGAAGAAAACAGGAAAGCAAAGAAGACGGGUACAAUAAAGCAGGAGAAGAGAAAUGGCUCACCCAAGUGUAGUCGAGGCAAUAUUGGCACCGACAGACCGGAGCCAGGGUUGAAGGCUAUGCAGGCCGUAAGCAUAGUUUUCAAGAUCCCCAUUUAUAGGGUCUUGGAAAGGAUAAAAAAUCAGCCAUACUUUAGGGCACUGCAAAAAACCUUGGGGGAGUACAUGGACAGGAACGUCGGGAAGAAUUUUGCCUACCAUGAUAAGAAUGAGCACAUGACUCUAGGGUGCAGGGCCUUGAAACAACACCUGGAGGAUCUGGUCAAACAGGGACACCUGAGAGACUUGAUAGACGAAGCAAAAACAUAA